CUUUCAUUGUACACCGAUUGGUUUUAACCAUCUUCAGGCAAACUCAUCAGUUUCGACUAUUAAACCUACUGAAUAAAAUGGAAUUCUGUGAUAAGCUUUACGAAAGUGUAGUGGAUUUAAUUCAUCACAUGAUAUUUGUGGCCACUUGACUUACAAAUACCAUUCAUUCUAUUAUUACUGAUUUUGCCUGCCAAACCUCUGCUUUCAAGAAGAGAUUUCAGAAAACAGUUUGCAAACUACAUCUGAUUUCCAUAAAUCUGUCAAUAGUUAUAGAACAUUUUGUUAUUAACGUACCAGAUGUCUUCAGUUUAUCUAAAAGGAUAAUAUAAUUGUUUAAUCUACCACAUAAAAUUAAUUAUUUCACAUUUUGAUCAUUUAUAAAGUUAUUCUAUACUUAGCACACCUGUUAACAUUAUGGAACAUUCUAAUAAAUGUUUUAAGUCUGAAGAUAACUUGGAAAAUAAUUUAGCCUCAUGGAGUACAAUAACACAAACAGGAUCACAGCAUACAACAAAACGUGACAGAUGGAAAGGCAAAAUAGAUUUUCUUAUAGCAUGCAUGGGAUUUUCUAUAGGUUUGGGAAAUGUAUGGAGAUUUCCUUAUCUGUGUUACAAAAAUGGUGGAGGUAAUUGGGUGCUUUCCUUCUACCCUAUUUCAUCAGUGUUAUAAUUGCUGGUGUGCCAUUAUUUCUUCUUGAAGUUGCGUUGGGCCAGUUUAUGUCUAAAGGAGCAAUUGCGGCAUGGGAUAUUUGUCCACUUUUCAGAGGUAUUGGAUGCGCAAGUACCCUAAUAAAUUUCCUCGUGAACAGUUAUUAUACAGUUAUUCUUGGUUGGGCAUUUCAUUUUAUCUUUGCCUCGUUCACUAUUGAACUUCCUUGGACUACAUGUGGCAACCCUUGGAACACAGAAUCAUGCAGUAUUGCUGAAACAAGGACAAAUUCAAGCAACGUGACACGAAUUUCACGUCAGGAGCUGUUGGCAGUCGAUCCUGCUGCGGAGUAUUGGGAAAAUCGUGUCCUGAGAAUCUCCAGUGGUAUCGAUCAUUUAGGAACAGUUCAGUGGGAUUUGGCUUUAUGCCUCUUGUUAGCUUGGAUAAUAAUUUUUCUGGCUAUCUGUCGAGGGAUAAAAACCUCUGGGAAGGUUAUGUAUUUCACUGCAACCACACCUUAUCUAUUCAUGAUAACACUACUGAUACGCACAGCUCAACUGGAAGGGGCAUCUACCGGUAUUUCAUAUUAUCUGAAGCCAGAUUGGAAGAAACUGGCUGACAUGACAGUAUGGUCAGAUGCUGGUACACAAAUAUUUUUCAGUUAUGCCAUUGGUCUGGGUGCGCUAACAGCACUGGGUAGUUAUAAUAGAUAUCAUCAUAAUUCCGUUCGAGAUUGUCUACUAUUUGCCGGUGCAAAUACAUUUACAAGCUUAUUGGCAGGUUUUGUUAUUUUUGCAACUCUCGGUAAUAUGUCCUAUGUAUCUAAAGUGCCAAUACAUUUAAUUGCUGAAUCUGGACCAGGUUUAGCAUUCAUCAUUUAUCCAAAAGCUUUGGGGACAAUGCCAGGAAGUCCAAUUUGGUCGUUUUGUUUCUUCACAAUGAUUAUACUUUUGGGCAUUGACAGUAUGUUCGGUGGAGUGGAAGGCUUCAUUGCAGCUAUUUCGGAUUACUUUCCUCAAAUGAUAUCCAACACCUGGUACAGGGUUAGCUUUGUUGCAGCAACAUGUAUUAUCUCCUAUGCUAUUGGUUUAUUUAUGGUAACUAAUGGUGGUAUGUACAUAUUUCAGUUAUUUGAUUAUUAUUCGGGUAGCCGUAUUAUAUUACUUGUUACAUUUAUGGAAUGUAUCGUAAUUGGAUAUGUGUACGGUUGGAAGCGUUUUGCUGAUGACAUGAAAUCAAUGUAUGGCUUCUCUUUGAAGUGGUUCUGCUGUUUUUAUCUAUGCUUUAUAACACCAUUAUUCACAAUGGUUCUGUUUAUAUUUAGUGUGAUUGUGUACGAAGAACUUACAUACAUGCGUGCCGUUUCGCCAGAACCUUAUCACUUCCCUAAGUGGGCUGUGGUAUUAGGCUGGAUGAUGGCCAGUUCAAGUUUAUUCCUAAUUCCAGUUGUUAUGAUAGUAGAACUAAUCAGAACACCAGGAUCCUUUGUUGAGCGCUUGAAAUACUUGUGCACACCUCGACUUACUCAACAUAACAACUGUCUGAAUAGUCCAACACUCAUUGACCCUGAGAACUCUGACAACCGUGAAGCUAGCCCGAAAGACAACCGGGAGGGGGAUAUAUCUACGGCCAAAUUCAUUCAGAAUAAUUAGAAUGUGUUGGAAAAGUAAAACGGUGCAUUCAUAAGUCAAAAAUGAAGAAUUAGGUUUUUAAAAAAAAUAAUUGUAAUGAAAAUUACUGCACUGAAAACACUGUAACUAAAAGAAAUAAAGCUACAAGUUUCUUGUAAUUGAUACAAACGAUACUUCUGUUUUCUCAUCAUAUCUGAUGAUACCUUUAUAAUCGUACAUUCCUUCAAAGCUGUUUCUUUUCUGUUGCCCCUUUGAACACUAUAGUACUGUAUUGUGUUGUUUUUUCUGCCAACAUGAUGAACCGUUCUGUAUUUUAUCCCUUUUUUUACAAAAUAGAGUACACUACAAAGAAUAGAGUAAAUAUUAAAUUAGAUACUAAUUAUUUUAACGUACCUUUAUUUUUGAUCACUUCAUCGUCUUGUCAAUGAUGCACUGGUAUGCAGUGUGUUGUUGCAGAGGCAUGAAGCACACUGUCAUUCUUGUAUACUUCAUACAUAAUGCUAAGAUAAACCAUGAUGAAAAUAAAUAAUUCUUCACAUUCUCUUGUCGUUGUUUUUUAUUUCAGAAUAAUAAUUUUUUUGUUUAUUAAUUUUUUAAUAAUAAUUUCAGAGAUAUUUUAGAUUUCUUUCGGUGUAUAAUUAUCCAUCCAUAGAAUUAGUUCACUUAUAUUUUUACUAAGUACUUUACCUUCAUCGCUUUUGUUUCAUAUAUAAUUUAUCUGCAUAUUUUUUUUUGUCCAUCAAUUCCACUCCUUGAUUUCUCUUCUUUUUAUCCCAAGUGGUUGGAUAGAUUGUAAGCGUUUGAUCGAUUGAUUCAUCAGUGUUCAGUAUUAUCUCAGUGGACGGAGAUAUCACGCAAAUUCUUGUGAGUAGUGGGAAAGAAGAGAACUGGUUUAAUUAUUCUACGUUUAGUUCAUUAUUACUGAAGUCGAAGAUGUAAUAAUGAAAAAAAACAAGGUAAAAAUGUACGUGUUUGUGAAGUAGUAACGCGUAGCGUCUAUUUCUUAUCGCUACCGAAAGAAAACUUUGUCGCUUAAUAUUAUUACCAUUCAUAUAUUGGUAUAAUUAUUACUGUUAUUAUCAUCACUGAUGAUGGUAAUUGUACGUUGUGCAAAUAAAGUGAUCUUGAUAA